GUGAGAGGAGGGGUCAGGAGGAGUAGCAGCGCGGACGUAAACUCGACGUCACGGUUUAUUUAUGUCCGCGGGCCAAUCGGAUCCCUCCUGGGCCCCGCCGUCAUGACGUAAUGCGAUCUACUCCAGAAUAGCGCGCGGCGGCGGCGGCGGCGCUGAGCUCGUCUUUUCUCCGGGAUUCUGGCGCCGGUGCUCGGGCGGUAAUGUCUCAGUGUUCGGUGCGGGCUGAGAGAGCCUGACGCCCGGGUGGAGGAGGCGGCAGCAUGUCGGCGCUGCGGGAGAACCACAGCUACGGUCUGUCCAGCGGGGAACUGAGCCGCGGGGGGAACGUCUCCGUUUUUCACGUCAAACUCACUGACAGCGCGGCCAAAGCCAUCGGCUCCUUCCAGACCGGAAAGGGCUGGCCUUCACAUCCCACUAUCUGUUUUAAUGGAAACCAAGGGAGGAUCUCUAUCCCGUGCUCGGAGAAUAGAGAUGACGUCAGGACGUUCACCUUCGGCGUGACGAACGUCGCCCGUGACAAUCCUAAUGGAAGCUUUGACUGUGUCCAACAGCUCAGCACAGGUGCUGCCAAAGAGCUGUCUUGUCUCGGGGUGAUUCAGAAGAAGAUGACAGUCAACGCCACAGAUGACUCGUACGAUAAGGCUCGUCAGAGCAUGGCCCAGGCUGAGGAGGAGACACGCAGCCGAGGGGCCAUCGUCAUCAAACAGGGGGGGCGCUUCCAGGGCAAGAAGGUAACGGUGCGAGCCCCGGCGCCUGCGCUGGCCAGCCUGACCAAGCCCAGGCCGUCAUCCCAGACCUACCUCAGCAACAUCAAGAGAGUGGGCGGAGGCGUGUCCAAGCUGAAGAAGGGUGCCUGUGUGUCGAACCGGAGGAGCAUGGGCGAUGUGCAGGAGAGGCCGCUCAGGGAGAGGCUGACACACUUGCUGGCUCUGAGGCCGUACAAGAGGCCUGAGCUAAUCCUGAGGCUGCAGAAAGACGGAUUCUCCGCAGAGGACAAAGACAUGCUGGACUCCGUAGUGAUGGAGGUCGGACAACUCAGCAGUAGAGACAACACGUUUGUGCUGAGGGAGAGUCUGUACAAGGACCUGCGGAAGGACUGGCCAGGCUACAGCCCAGGAGACCAGCAGCUUCUUAAAAGGAUCCUUGUCAGGAGGCUCUUUCAGCCACAGCAGAACCUCCUCACUGCCCCUGAGGCCCAGGUCAGCCCCCUGCGAGACACCCCCAACUCCUCCCCAGCACACCGUCCAAAACCUUCCCUGCCAGAGGAAUACACCGACCCUCUGGCCAACAAGAAGCCCAGGAUCUCCCACCUGUCCAGCAAAACACCCAGUGACAAGUCCAGAUUGAGGACUUCUGAACAAGUGUCUCACAAAGACGGUGCAGGGGCGAAGGCGGCUGACGGGAAAAAGAACUCGCUUGACCCUCGGAAGCUGUUUGACUCCCUGUCAGUCGCCUGUCAGCAGGAAGACGAGGUGGCUAAAAGGCUCGAGCCGUCUCCCUGUGCUCAGGAGGAGGCGGAGAGCCCAGGAGACCUCCCCCUUCCCGACUCUGACCGCCCGCCGUCCCCUCUGGUAGUGCCUGAUCUGAGCAGACACACAACAAAAAGGAAGAAGAGCAAACACAAACACAGAGACAAGACGAGCGCAACAGGCCUGGUCAAGGAGAAGAAGAGGUGUAGGGGAGCGAAAGAAAGGAGAAAAGAUCACAGUUCAGACGACCCAAGCAAAGUCCUGCUGGAUUGCUCAGAACCAAGUGAAAUUAUGUUCGACUCUCCUGAGCUUCAAGUGGACGGUGACUCAGCAGAUUAUUUAUCGACGUACGCAGUGAUUGGCAACCACGACCAGAGGCAGAGCCACAAAGAGGACUUCAACAAGGAGUACAAUGAGUACAGAGAUUUACACGCUCGCAUCGACGGCGUCACCCGGCAGUUCAUGGAGUUGGACACACAGCGUAAACAGCUUCACCAGGAAUCACACAAAUACAAGACGGUUCAUAAUCAAAUUGUUCAAGAGUAUCGCAAAAUCAAGAAGUCCAACCCAAACUACAACCAGGACAAGCUCCGCUGUGAAUAUCUACACAACAAACUGGCCCACAUCAAGAAGCUCAUAUCGGAGUACGACAAACACCAGCUCAGCGUGGACCACUCCUGUCCCAAAUGAAGCCCCCCCCGACUCUGAGACGAGUACAGCAAACACACCGCAAGGCGACGGAGGUUCACGCCGCUGAGCUGAACGCCAUCGAGCUGGAUUGGAUGGCGGCGGCUGAGUCUACUCUCUUCUCUUGAGACCUGCUGCAGAUGCCGGCGGAGUCGUGUGGGAAGAGCGGCAGCGGAGCGUUGGGUGGAAGCAGCUCUCUAACAUGAGCUCUUUACUGAGAAGAUGAGACGUGAUCUUUGAAAAGCUGUGAGCUGCUGCUUCUGUGACAUGAUACUGCCGAGGCCCUGAGCAACAACUGCUGAAGCUCUGAAAGCUGAAACUUAGCUCUUAUUCUAUAAAACAGUUACAUGUGGAGAGAAGGUGCUAAUCUUCCAACACACCUGUAGAUCCCCGUCACACAUUUGAGUUGUUUAGUGAGUGAAAUGUAAACAUCUAAAAUGGGUAUUUGCUUCUGUGUUCUGUCAGCCCUCAAUCAAUGUUCACAUUUAACGCUGGAAGCAUGAGACAACCGCUCGCUGUACAGACCCAGACAGCUCGUUACCCCAGUGGGCGGAGAAAAGAUGGCGGCAGGGAUGCAGACGUGCACAACCUGAGAAGAGGUCUGGUGAACUGAGACUUGAUCAGUGUUGCUGUCGGCUCUCCUCAGUUCAUGACUCCUGAAAGUGGUUCUGUCUGGGCUUCAUAGUAUUCCACUGCUCUUUUACUUCAUGUCAUUAUUUUUCUGGAACACACGAGACUGUUAUGAUGAUCAUUGUGUGAACUGUAUUCAGGGAAUUUACAGUGUGAGCGGCGGUAAAAGUAGGAUGAUUUAAAGACAUGUCUUGAUGUGGAGUAUUCAAAGUUGCAGCGUUAUUGUUACUGUGGGCUACUCUGGGCUAUUUUUGCAUGCUAUGUACUUCCUGCAGAAUGCACGAGGAAUAAAUCUGAGGUUUUGUCCAACUUUUAAAUAAAGUAAUUUGUUAAUGA